AGGUGGUGUUGUGAUUUAAGUGUCAGUUCCGAAAUCGGUCCCAAAUUGAGUGAUUUUUCAAAAAAGCCCAGCCAAGUCAGGUCCCUGAAAAGCGACAAGCGGCGGCCGUCCUAAAUUUGAUCAUCGUUCAAGCCAGUUUGAUUUUCGCCCGCAGCAUCUAGUAAAAGAGGCGUUAUGAUUGUGAGAGAUGAAGAGUGUGGAGAGAUGGUUCCGCUGCAACAAGGCGAAGCCCCUUUCCUGCUCUUCCACCACCUUCCUCUGAUAACCGCGGCCCGUCGGUCCUCUAAUUGCGCUCGUCGGCUCACGUGCGCCUCAUUCCAGGGCCAGCUGCUCUCCGCUCGAAAUCGCCUCUCUCCAAUUUUAUAAUUCAUCUCUCCUUCGCCAGCUGCACCGAAUAUCGCACCGGCAUGAAAGUCUAUCAGGGCCUAGGUCACUUGGCGCUGGUGUUUGUUGUCAUUUUAACUUUGGUGCCCGACGUAUUUGGCAAAAAGGGACCGAGGAAUCAGCACAGAAGCCGCCCGCCGUCGCCCAAUCUCAGCCGAAACAAAAAAGUGAAAAGGCACAAUUUGCAGAGGCCUGUGAAACCUGUUUACCAUUCUCCGCCCAUCAACGCGUUCUCUUUGAAAGAUUUGCAGAAAGACGAGGAAGAGGACUUUCCACCCGCACCCCUUCGUUCACCCUCGCACUUCUCCAAACCCCUGGUGCAGGACGGCUCAAACGAAGAACUGUAUUUCGCGUCGCUGAAAAACCAGUUCGCGCCCAACUUUGGUUCCGACUACUUCAGCCCCAACCCCAACGUCUUCAAGGGUCACAAACCCCGCCCCGCACCCCCCAAAAAGGGCAAUUUCGGUCUUUACGGUCCUGAUUUCGGCAGCAUCACCGAGCUCAACGACGACGACGACAAAUUCGAGGACAAUCAAGACUUCUUCGCCAACCAGUACCAGAAACCGUACCAAACCUACCACCACCCCACGACCACGGUCAAGCCCAAACUUCUGGUGCCGACCUACGCGGCCGUCAAACCGGCAAACAUCAGACACCUGGGCAGCAGUGGAUACGGAUACCCUAGCAAUAAUUACCAGCAAAACAACGACGAUCAUCAGGAUUAUGUACCGAAGGACGCGCACUACAGUUUCGGUUACGAAAUCUCCAACCCCGGAGGCAAAUACGGAAAAGGGCCGCAGUUGUUUGGGCACGGCGAGCAGCGCGACGGGGACGUGACCAAAGGUCGGUACCACGUGUUGUUGCCCGACGGCCGGCACCAGAAGGUCGCCUACACCGCCGACCACUCGGGCUACCACGCGCACGUCUCCUACUCGCAACACGGCUACCACGGACGAUAAAUUUUUUCGAAAAUUUACUUGCAAAAGACUGUCAGUCAGCCAGAGAUUCCAUUUAUAAUUAUAUUUUAUGUAUUUUUGCAUUUUUUUUUUAUUACCAAGAGUUGAAUAAUCAAAUCCAAAAUAGAAGCUAAUGAAAAGUUUAAGAUGUCGCUUGUUGACUGGAUCCUAUGCAACCUGAACUCACAGAGCGGUUGAACCUGUAGCCUAUGUGUCAGGCGUUGAAUCUUGUUAAAAGUUGUUGCUAUUAAUUUGUUUUUUAUAGUUAAGUUUUGUGUAUGAAGAUGUUAUUUUUUUUUUACAAAGCUAUAAAAUAUUAAUUUUAAGAUGUAACAAAAAAUUAAAACUGCUUUAAUUUUUGUUCUCCUUGUAAGAAUUGCAAUGUUUUAUUAAAAAAAAAUAUGUAUUGUUUCAGCAUGAGUAAAAA